AUGCCUGAUCCAUGCAAGCCCCAGGCCUGUGCCAUUCAAGCCUGUCUAAACCGCACGGGCUACGAUGAAAGUAAAUGCACUCAGCUGAUAGACCAGCUCUACGAGUGUUGCACCAAGUUUUACCAGGAACAAGGAGCUGAAGCCCGCAGUCCCUGCUGCCCGAUUCCAAAGCUCCUGAACUUGAAACUGCAGCAACGCCGUAAGGAACAGCUUGAUGCUAAACUACUCUGA